AUGAUCCCCAUCUUCUUCCUCCUACUCUUGAGUUCAUUCUGCAGCGCCGAUGACCAGCUCACACAAGCAAAGCCACUCGCCCAUGGCGGCAUGCUCAUCUCCGAGAGCGGGGACUUUGCUCUGGGCUUCAUCUCCCCGACAAGCUCCAACAAGAGUUUUUACCUUGGCAUAUGGUACCACAGCCUCCCCGGGCCACGGACCGUUGUGUGGAUCGCCAACCGCGACAACCCAAUCAUCAACCCUUCGUCCAUGAUGCUCAAGGUAACUAACAAUUCUCGCAUGGUAUUAUCAGACUCCGAAGGCCGUAUUAUUUGGAUGGCAGGAAGCAAUGCCACUUCUGGGGCGGCAGGAGCUUAUGCAGUACUACUCAACUCAGGGAACUUUGUCCUCCGGUCUUCGGGCAACCAGGACAUAUGGUUGAGCUUCGAUCAUCCGUCCGACACCAUCCUUCCAAACAUGAGAUUUUUGGUGAGCUACAAGGCACAAAUCGUCACACGUCUUGUUGCUUGGAAAGGCCCCGAUGACCCAUCUUCUGGGGACUUCUCAUGCAGUGGCGACCCAAGAUCCCCAGACCUUCAGUUGGUAACGUUGAACAAGGCUAGGCUAUAUUGUCGUAUCAUUGUGUGGGACGGUGUGUCGGUGUCCGGCCGCACACUUCUAACCAACACUAGCUCCACAUUGUACCAAACAGUUGUCAACUCUGGAGACGAGUUCAGUUACACGUUCGCUGUCUCCAACAACUCACCGUUCAUGCGCAUCAUGCUUGACUACACUGGCAAGUUCAAGGCUCUAGGCUGGGACAAUCACUCCAUGUCAUGGACACUCAUCAAUGAGCACCCCAAUAGUGCUUGCGAUCUCUACGCCUCUUGUGGCCCGUUUGGCUAUUGUGACUUCACCAAGGCCAUUCCAACAUGCCAGUGCUUUGAUGGGUUUGAGCCUGUAGACAGUAGUAACUCUUUUAAAGGAUGUCAGAGAAAAGAAGCGUUGAAAUGCCGCAAGCAAAGCCAUUUCACGUCUUUUCCUGGAAUGAAGGUUCCUGACAUGUUCUUGCAUAUACGCAACAGAAACUUCGAUGACUGUGCAGCUGAGUGCAUCAACAAUUGCUCGUGUACAGGGUAUGCUUAUGCCAACUUGAGUAGCGGAGGUGCUAUGGCUGACCCGUCAAGGUACUUACUUUGGUCAGGGGAGCUUAUUGAUGCUCAGAAGAGAACCGUUGGCGAGAACCUGUACCUCCGACUUGCCAAUCCUGAUUCUCUUCUGAGCAAAAAUACGGAAUUUCCAUGUUUUAGCUAUGAAGACAUACUUUCAGGAACAUUUUUUUUUCUGAUUCCAACUUGCUUGGACGUGGAGGUUUUGGCAAAGUUUACAAGGGCACACUGGAAGGUGGAAAUGAAGUUGCUGUCAAAAGGCUUAUUAAGAGUUCUGGGCAAGGUAUAG